GUGCCGACCAGGAACAUGAAAACUGUUUACAGGUUGACGGGGGCCCAAGGACUCACAACAGCCUCAAACCGUUUCAGCGCCAUUUCAUACUUGAAUGAGUCGCGUGAAGCGGAAGCGCACUGAUGACUUCCUGCUUGCUGAUGAGCCCACCGACAUUGUGAUUAUCACUGCAGUCAGCGAGCAGCCGCUCGAAGCGCACCUGGUCGUGCUGCUGCCAUGCUGUAAAGUCGUUUUCGACUUGCCCCGCGCCAGCAGCGGCAAGACCACCUGGGACCUCUCCAAGCUGGUGCUCGAGGGCCAGAGCAGCCCGGUGUCCUCGGCCGUGGUGCGGCAGUGGCUGGACCUGGUCUACUCGCGGGUGGACGCUGGUCGGCAGCCCCCCAAGUUCCCCAGCCUGUCGGAGGCCGCGCGGUCGCUGCUGCUAUUCGCGGAUGCUGUGGGCACCAGCCGGGUUGUGAUGGAUGCCCUCGGCGACGCGCUGGCGGCGCAGCCCGGCCUGGCGCUGCCGGUGGUGGUGAACGGUGGUGGCGGUGGUGGCGAGGGAGGGGCAGCUGGCGGGGGCGGCGGGCCGCUGCAGCUGGAGCUGGCGCUGCGCGGCAAGCUAUACUACUACCUUAAAUCUUACAGUCUGCAUGCCUUCGACGUUCCGACUUCGGGCACAGUACACACGGUCGUCUCCGGCGAGGACCUCGAGCCGUUCAAGGUCGCCCUCCCCGGCGCCGUGGCGGCCGCACUGGAGGGCUGGCUGUACCUGGCAGGGCGGUUGGGGCUGGUGGCGCUGGUUCGGCUGCUCCGGGACUUCUUCCAGGCGCAACUCAUAUCUAGUUUUUUAUCAAUCCUACGUGCGACCGCCGCAAAGGUGUUCAGCCGGCGCGUGCUGGAGUGCAUGCCGCACGAGCUGCUGGUGGAGGGCUUCGUGAGCGACUCGCUGUGGGGCCCCCAGCUGGGCCAGGCCGACGUCGCCACCGGCAGCAAGUUCAGUCUCGUCAUGAACUCCGAGCACGCGGCCGCAUGGUUUCGUGUGGCCUCAGGUGGGCAAGUGGAUGGCGACGAGAUCGAGGCAACAAACGUGUUUAAGAAGGGUGGAGGUGACAACCGGCUGCGUGUGUCCGUGGGUGGCAUGACCCUCGCGGAGCACCAGGCGGCGAUGCAGGAAGUGCUGCAGCAGCUAGAGGAGGAGGAGGCGGCGUAGGUAUCUUGUAGCAUGGAGACACCGCUAGCGCUGGCAUUGGCGGAUGCGUUGGGCAGGUGACAGUCGAGUCAAGGGAGCGAUUGAGGACGAUUAAAGAGUUGGUCAUACAGGGCUGGUUUCGAGGAGGGCAGGAGGCGUCAUUGCGGCGGUCACGGUGAGGGUCGGGCCCGCGCACAUGGCCGCACCGCACGUGAUGCCCGGCGGGCCUGGGAAAGGCGUGCAUAGGAGCAGAAGGGCAGGUGGUGUUGGGUAUCUUGGGUGGUAGCCUGUGGGCGGAUGUCAUGGAUUAACGCCACAGGACCUGUAGUACUUCCGGACGCCGUGGGGAAUACGGUAAUCAACCAAGUCCUUCACAUAGAAGGUUACCAAACUCAUGGUUGUGCAUACUGCAGGCGCCCUUAGAAUGCGGGGGUGUGAAUGCGUUAUGGCCCGGCGAAUGGCUGGCGCCAGUGGUGGACUUGAGCGAUACAGCGUGAGUGGAACGUCCCGCCAGCUCCCGCAGCUGCUGUGUAGAUCUGUAUGGAGCAGGAAAGAGGUGCGGCACUGUGCUUCAGACCUGUAUGGAGUAUGGUACGGUAGUCUUGGGAAUGGCUGCGUUUGGUGGCAACUGGCAAGCGUGAGGACAGGGUUCGGCGUACUGACGGAUAUCCAAUAUCGUGGAUGUGGGCACCAGCAGAGGAUUAUGCGGCGUUUGUGGGUGGCGUACAGCGGCGUCCCGUUCCUGUUGUGCAACCAGAUUGAUGGAAUACCCGGCCUGUAGGCGGAACGCAGUAGUUCUACGCCACAUUCGGUACAUAACCCUGCGGCACAUGCCGUCUGGGUGUGUCUUUUGCCGACUGUCCCCUCG